AUGUACGUGAGUUACCUUCUGGAAAAGGACGUUGGCAUGUACCCUGGACAUAUGCGUGGCCACCCCGGGCUACAGAACUACCCCGCAGCCCCCCAAUAUUCUGACUAUGGGGGCUACCCUGGACUGAGCUUAGAAACUGCAACUUCUUCUGGGUCCUCUGCAUGGAUCACACCUUAUGGGGCCCCCAGGGAAGAUUGGGGUCACAUAGCCUACCCCACAGGACAUACUUCUUUAAAUCCCUCUCCAGGGGACAGUUUGGGCUAUAGCCCCGUUUCUGAAUACCCUACUGGGCAGGUGCAAGGGGCACCUUGUGUUGGCGUCCUGCCAGCCGGGCACCAACCUCAGAUCUCUCCAGGGGCAGCAGAUGGGCACAGGAGACAUCACUACGAGUGGAUGAGAAAGCCAACAACUCAGGGAAUCCCUGGGAGUAAAACCAGGACCAAGGAUAAGUACCGUGUGGUGUACACCGACCACCAGCGGCUGGAGCUGGAGAAGGAGUUCCACUACAGUAGGUACAUCACCAUCCGGAGGAAGGCAGAGCUGGCGGUCCACCUGGGACUCUCUGAGCGGCAGGUGAAGAUCUGGUUCCAGAACAGAAGAGCCAAAGAAAGAAAAAUCAACAAGAAAAGGAUUCAGCAAACUCAGAACGGGCAGAAUGAUCAAGACCCUCUCAGCCCAGUGCCCUCUUUGGGUCACAUGAUGCCCUUGCCUGGCACUAAUGUGGGCACACUGACAAACUCCGUCGGCCAGUGACACUGACACUUAUCGCUUUC